UUGACUGCAUCCAGCUGAAAGUGCCGGUCAUUCAGCAGCUGUACCACUGGGACUGCGGGCUAGCCUGCUCCAGGAUGGUGCUUCAGUACCUGAAUCAUUUGGACAAUGAUGAAUUUCAGAAGGCCAUCCAGGAACUCCAGUUAACAAAAAGUAUCUGGACUAUUGACCUGGCCUACCUAAUGCGGCACUUUGGUGUUAAGCACAAGUUUUGCACCCAGACGCUUGGAGUGGACAAGGGCUACAAAAAUCAGUCAUUUUACAGGAAGCACUUUGACACAGAAGAGAAUCGAGUGAAUCAGCUCUUUGCACAAGCCAAAGCCUGCAAGGUGCUGGUGGAGAAGUGCACAGUAACUGUUCAAGACAUCCAAAACCACCUGUCCCAAGGUCAUGUAGCCAUUGUCCUAGUGAAUGCAGUCCUGUUAUUGUGUGAUCUUUGCUCAAGUCCUGUCAAAUACUGCUGCUUCCUCCCCAUUGGACAGAAGUGCUUCUGCAGGAACCCUGACUACCAGGGCCAUUUCAUUGUGUUAUGUGGCUACAACAAAGCCUCAGGGAGUAUUUACUACAACAACCCGGCCUAUGCUGACCGAACAUGCUGCACCAGCAUCAGUAACUUUGAGGAAGCCAGGACAAGUUACGGCACUGAUGAAGAUAUUCUGUUCAUCUACACAGACAGCUGACAUCCACAGCUGAUACUUCUGGUCCUUUCCUGCGCAGCCUGCAUGGCAGCUGUCUGCUUGUCUCAGGACUCCCCUGCAGAGACCUUGCUCCUAAAUUGCAGUGGGAUCUUACACAAGGGAGGCUUUAUAAAUAGGACUAUACUGCAAUGCUGUCUUUACCUUUUUUUCCUGAUGACAUAUCUGAUUUUGC